CAAACGCGCAACGAGCUUUUGUAGCGUUUGUCUAUUUUAAUUUUUGAUCGUAUUUUAAUUUUAAAAGAAUUAAAGCCAUGGCUGAACCUCUUUUCAAUAUAUUUGGUGACCAUUUCGCGAGACAAACUACGAAGAGCAUCUUACGGCAACCUCUGACAAACAUUGGUAACGAAAAUCUCGGCAAAACUGUGUCAAGCGGUCCAGUGAAACCGAACGAGCCGAUCAAGAAGAUUGGCGAAUUAAAAAAGUCGUUUCUGUCCAAUACUGGUAAAGCUCUACAGAACACGAAUAAUACGCCUAGACAAGUGUUCACGCCGCGCGCCAUCAACGUUGGACUCAUCUACAACGACAGAGACGACGACGGUGUAUCAAUGCACGAGCUAAAGUUUACUAAACCAAAAUAUAACUAUGACAAUUACCACACAGAUGCUCUGGACUAUCUGCCAACUUUUGAGCCGAAACUGUCACCAAUAAAGCCACCACCCACAACUCCACCUCCGACUCGGAAGGCUUUUGAUAUGGAGUUUGAUUGCUCUUAUGAGGAUGACUUCUUUACAGAUGAUUUCUCCUGCGACAGUGUGCCAGACUUUGAAAUUGAUAUUCCAGAUGUUUAAUAUUUAUGUUUGUAUUUUUGUAAGAAACUGUAAAGAAAAUCUAGUGAUUUUCCACCAAAAGAUUAGAAUGUAAAUAAUUGACUUAUGAUAGGACUUUUUAUAUUGGCAUUUUCUUGGAUGAAGACACAAAAAUCUGUGAUUAAAUUGUUCAGCAUGAAUUUCGUGAAAAGGUCCUUAGUUUUGUUUAGAAGUAACCCACAAAAUGUGAUAGACAAAAGUAUUACUGUAUUUCGUUUAUAGUUACAAUAAAAAUUUAAUAAACCAG